CAAGCAGAGGGGGAAGGUGUUUCAUUGAUACGUUCCCAAAAUGGCGCGGGGACCGUGGGCUUUGUUCCUGAUUUCUUGCUUCAUAGUAAUUGCAGUUGCGGACAGAGGACCUUACUAUGAUAAUACCCUUCGAACUUGGGAUCAGUCUUCCCAAAGCUGCCAGCAGCUGGGGGCCUGGGACGACGGAGAUUUCAGCGUUAAAGGCUUUCAGGUUCCUCAGCGUCCCCCAAACUACCCUCAAGAUCAGUUCUUCUGGAUCGGAGCUCGAGUUCAACAGACACCUUGGUUUACACAUCUCGGUUGUUAUGAGACACCCACGGCUCCAGAAGAACGCGACAUUUCCAACGAGAUGUUUCCCACCUUUUCCUGUUAUUUAUUUUGUGCCAGUUUCAGAAUCUACUUUACCAUGGGUGUAUCGGAACGGACAUGCUAUUGCUAUGACAACGUUGACAACUACCGUAAAUUGGGCAGCGAACAGUGUUAUUACCAAGAUUUUCCCAACAACCCUGACGAACUCUAUGGCGCCCCAAAUCCCGGAAGUGUGGUUGUAUUCAAAUACCAUCAAACAAGGCCAGUGGCAGCGGGUAAGAAAAAUCUAUUUCAUUUUUACAGUGAAACCAAACCAGAGCAAAUGACCAUAUGCAUACAAUGCAGCCGCAUAAUUUCGUUUAAAAAUGGAUAUAAAGGGGUUUGUUUUAUUUGGACCUUUCUCUCUUGCCUCCAUAAAAAGUUUGCAAAAAUAAAUUUAUAUUUAUAUGGAUAUAUUAAGUUAAUUAAAAAAUAAGAGAUAGGGAGAAAAGAGAGGAGACGGAACUAGCUUUGUCAACCUUAGGUAUUGAUGAAAAGGUACAUUAACAUUUUCAUACAUAAUUUUCGUCAUAAGACUUUACCUGUCAAGUCUGUGUGUAGAAGAAUUGGCAUGAUUUGUUCUAGAGUCAUCUGCAGAAGUUCAUUGAGUACAACAUAACAAUUAAAAUUUUGUAAGAGAAAGUUUGUCUGACAAAACCCCAAAACGCACAAUUCCUUUUUAUCAUUUUAAAUGCAAUCAAUAUUAUUCACUGCAAACUGUACAAGAGAAGGAGGUAAUCAAAAUAAAGAUUAUAAUUAUAUCAUACAAAUUUACUAUAAAGAGCAUGUAGCUAUGAAAGAGCUUGCUAUGUACGUUACACAAUAAAAACAAAAUUCAAAUUUUAUUGAAUUUUUAAAGUGUGCAUCGAAUCACUUCGAUGUCAUAUCAAAUACCUAUUUGUUGUAUAUAUUUUGUUCAGAAAAUAACUUUGGGAACUGUGCCAGCUUUCGAUUCUUUGGAACGCAACCCAUUGGACACGUCUACUCUUCCUGCUUGAACAGACUUGGAAGGAUCUGUGAGAGUAAGUUUUUUUCGGACAGUUUGGUCCGGUGUAUGGUAUAAACAUUUUUCUUCUCAUAGGGUUGGGUGGUUGUGACCAUUUUCAGACUUUAUAUGUCUCCCACGAAAAAGAAACUUUAUAUAACGAUACAAGAAUCCUUUCAAAUUUUGAUGUCAAAAUAAUUUUAAAUUUUUGCUUUACUAAAUCUUCUACUGCUAAAUCAUAAUUUGUAGCUUAAUCAAUCCAUUGGAUCAGCUUAAAAUAUAAUAUCUUAAAUUUGAUGAAUACUUUGUUUACCAACAAGCUUCUU